AUGGCAUGUCAUUGGUACAUUUUCAACAUCUUCACAGACAUUGACUCCGAUGCAGCAAGCAGUGCUUUCAUUCCACUGCUAGUCAUAGUAAUGGUCUACACCGGUUCGUGCAGUUAUUAA